GCUUACCUCUGUCAGUUCCAGUAACACCUGGAGGUGCACAGAGCGGGAAGUGGAGAGAGCAGAAGCCAUGAACCUUGUCUUGGAUCUCCUCCUGCUUCUGGCCACCAUUGUCUACUCUUACUUGGAGUCUCUGGUGAAGUUCUUCAUUCCUCAGAGAAGAAAAUCUGUGGCUGGGGAGAUUGUUCUCAUUACUGGAGCUGGCCAUGGGAUAGGCAGGUUGACAGCCUAUGAAUUUGCAAAACAGAAAAGCAAGCUGGUGCUGUGGGACAUUAAUAAGCAUGGCGUCGAGGAAACUGCUGCCCAAUGCCGAAAACUGGGAGCCACCGCGCAUGCGUUUGUGGUAGAUUGCGGAAACAGAGAAGAUAUUGAUAAUGGGGUCAACCAGGUGAAAAAAGAAGUGGGUGACGUAACCAUCGUGGUCAAUAAUGCUGGGACAAUAUACCCUGCAGACCUUCUCAGUACCAAGGAUGAGGAGAUUAUCAAAACAUUUGACGUCAACAUCUUAGGACACUUUUGGAUCACAAAAGCCGUUCUUCCACCAAUGAUGAAGCAAAACCAUGGUCACAUUGUCACGGUGGCUUCGGUGUGUGGCCACGCAGUGAUUCCUUAUAUCAUCCCAUAUUGUUCCAGCAAAUUCGCUGCUGUUGGCUUUCACAGAGCUCUGACAGCAGAACUUGAAGCCUUGGGGAAAACUGGCAUCCAUACUUCGUGUCUCUGCCCAGUUUUUGUGAAUACUGGGUUCACCAAAAACCCGAGCACAAGAUUAUGGUCUGUAUUAGAGACGGAUGAAGUUGUCAGAAGUCUGAUGAAUGGAAUACUUACCAAUAAGAAAAUGAUUUUUGUUCCAUCAUACCUCAGUCUCACUCUAACACUAGAGAAAUUUCUUCCUGAACGCGCUCUGGCAGCUAUAAAUAAAAUCCAGGAUAUUCAGUUUGAAGCAGUGGUUGGCCACAAAAUCAAAAGGAAGUGAAGAAAGGAGCCCCAGCCAGAGCUGGAGGGGCCUCCGUGAUACAGGCUUCCGCUCCAAAGGAAUGCAUCAGGCUUCGCUUCACAAUCUUCAUGCGAUUAGCAUGAAAACUAUUGGUUUGGCAUUAGCAUCAAAUGAAGAAAAUAAACUAUCAUGUGUUUCAAAUUUC